AUGCCAACAAAAAAUGAUCCUGUUGUUCAAAACACUUGUUCUAGUCAAUAUUCUCCACUUGGAAUUUUUCUUUUAUCAAAAGAUGAGGCAGCUGAACAUGUUCUAUUUAUGUACCCUUUCAACCCUGAUCUUAAUUUUGAAGACGACGUUGACACAAAAGAUGAAUGUAUCGGACUUGAAUGCUGGAAGGAAAAGGAGGAUCUUUUGUCUGAACAACAAAAAAGUGUUGAUAAUGAAGAAUUGGAGACUAGAACAUUUGGUUUGCCAGUAAAAAUGUUGGCUACACUUUUACAAACAAAUACGGGCAACAAAGAAGGAGAACCUUUUGAAAUUAAAGUAAAUAAUAUUCGUUUUGCUGGUGUUCCAUGGUGUGUAGAUGCUUGUGAAGGUGUUUGCUUGGCUGUUGUUUUUAUUCUUUCCAGCUCUUGUGGUUGCCAUAUUGUUGAAGCUUUUCAAAGAUUGAGCAAGAAGAUUGCUGUUGCGAUUAGUGCUGAACAGCAACGUUGUAAUUACUUGAGCGAGCAAAUAUGUUUAAUGCAGCCAUCUCACGAUGAAUUUGAAGCAAUGGGAGAUGAACAACGCAGAGGACGUUCUCCUUAUGAAACAAUUUUGUCCAAAAGUGGAUUAGCUCAACAUUUACGGGAUAUUUAUAAUGAUGUUUGUGAAUAUGGAAUGGUUGAUGUUUUUGUUAAUGACAGCAGUGAAGUUGGAUUUUGUGUAGAACCCAAAGCAAUGUUUCAUGCUGGCCUAACUCCUCGUUCUUCUACUCAAAUAGAAUCUUUAAUGUCCAAAAUUCGCCCUUAUCAUGGAAUUCUUUUUCUUGAAGAUUCUGUUCCAAAUCCUGGCUCAAACCCUUUUGUUCUUCGUUUUCUUGACAAUUAUGAACCAACAAGAAGUAUUGAAGAAAUGGCUUCAUUAUCAAACCUCGUAUUGGCUCAAGCACUUCAAAUCGUUCGUCAUUACCUUCUUUGGUCUAGAGCAAUUAUUAUUUAUCCAAUUUGUGCUUCUAAUGUUUAUGCAAAUGCUGAAAAAUUACCCCCGGGAUAUAAACAAUUGGAAACUGCUUUUAGUCAACAAUUCCCAGAAUUUAAAUUAAAUGACAUUUUUGAAGCAUUCUCUCCUCCAUGUUCACUUGGUUCAUAUCUUCAAGAUACUGCAAUUUAUGGAGGAAAACCUAACGUUCCAAUAGGAUUGUUUGUUUUUCUUCUCAGAAAUCAAUUGCUUAUUCAAUUACAUACUUAUAUUUAUUUACUUCCAUUUGCUUCAAAUCCUCUUCAACAACAACAAAAUGAAAUUGAUAGACAAAAACCCCAAAGGAUAUUAAGUCCCAAGAUACAAAAUUAUUUAAAUUCAUCAAAAGAUUUGAAUGAUCUCAUAAAAUCAAAUAUUUUAUCAAUUUGUUUAAAAUUUUACAAAACAUCAAAUAUUGAAGAAUCAGAAUUAUUUUUAUUUGUGAUUGAUUUUUUAAGAAUUAUUCCUUUUUUAAAUGGAAAGGAUCAUAUGGAAGAAAUAAUUUAUCAACUUUCUAUGGACCGGUCAACAGUAAUGCGUAUAUUGGAUACUUUUUCUGAAAUUAUUUGCCCUUUUCAAUGUCAAGAACCUAUUGUAGAUGAUGAUAAUUAGUUAUUUUUUUAAAAAUUUUUUUUUAAAUAUUUUUUAAUUUUAUUUUUUUUUUUUUGAUUAUCUAGAAAGAAAUUUGGGGAGAAAAUGAAAAAUAUAGUAUUUGUCCGGAAUUGUUAUAUCCGUAGUUGUCCCCAAUUGUUUCAUCCGUAAUCGUCCUAUCCGCAAUUUUGUAUCCGUAAUCGUCGUCCGCAGGUGUCCUCUCAUCCGCAAUUGUCCAUCCGCAAUGAGCGUUUCUACUAUGCUCAUUAUAUAGUUUUUGUCUCUUUUUUAUGGAAGUUCCCAUUGUUUUUGUGAAUUU